AUGCCCCUCCCUCACUGCUUGCUACAGCUGAUGUAUGCUGGAACCGUGGGAAAAAAAAUCUAGGAAAAAAAAAUGAAAUCUUGAAUCGUGCUCUGAGGCUUUGUCCAGGCGAUUACUUGUAUAAUUGAAAACUGACCAAACAGACGAUAAGAGACGAAUCAUUGUGCAAGUCGUCAAGGGAUAUUCUUGGAACAUGUAACUAAACCACUGAAUGAAGACAGAGCUUCCGGCGAGUGGCGAGCUGUCAGGAGCUUCGUAAAUCAUGCACACAGUUUUUAUUCGCUCGAGUUUUCUUCUCUUGGUUGUGCUCUAUUGCAGAGGUUCUCAAGCUAUAAGGUACAGAACAUGUGACGAAGGCUGUUGUGUCCAUGAAUACUGUGCCUUUCAACGCAUCUGCUAUCCCAAGAUCCACUGUCGCUUCGGAUGCCCCGACGGACGUUGCGUUGGUCAGGACACGCCGACAACCAAAGACGGCGUUACGGAAGACUCAGGAACUUCGGCGCCGAAAUUCACAGAGAGAACUAAAGAGAAUUACCUCCCGCUUUACAAGGGAAGCAAUCAAGGAUAUGACGAUCAGCGAUUAGGCGCCAGGUCAGCAAUAAAAAUCGUUCGUCGAUCUAAACCGGAAGAGACGAACGCGCAACACACGGGAGAUAUGCCAAGUGGAAUCUGUAUGCCGGAUCCGCCCUGCAAACCAACGGAUUACUGCGGCAUGGCUCACGUCUGCUCUAUGAAUUACAAUCUGGGUUACCGCACUUGCCAGUACAAUCUGGACAUUGGUUCAACGCUCUGUUAUGACAGUAAGGGCAACCUAAACCUUAAACCUAUGACGAAGUAAACUUAAUUUCUCUCUGGAGCUGUAAAUUGUUUACUUGAAAUGUCUUCAUGUAAAGGUAAAAACAAUAUCGUCAAGAUUAUACCAAAAAUAAUUAAUUCUUAUCAGCUGCGCUCACACAUCAUUAACUCUUUCUCCCCGUAAUUAUUUACCACAUUCUGAUGGAAUCAACGUUUGCAUCGUUGGUUAGGAGAGAAAGAGUCAACAUAUCGUUAUGACACUGUAAGUACCACACAGAAGAGUAAACACGAACUGUCUAUAAAAUGCCUUUGUAAAUUAUUUUUUUUUUUUUUACAAAUCUUGUAUAAACGCACUCAGUCUGUCUGUCUGUCUGUCCAAAAGUUCGUACACGUUAUUUCUCCGACACCCAAUCUCCAAUCAAGCUGAAAUUUUGCACAAUUAAUUAAUUCUUUACCUGACAACACAAGCAUCAAUUAAAAAAAAAAAACAAUUAGUAAAUUAACUAUUGGUAAUAAAUUACUUUGUUUGGUAUCUCAAACAAGAUAAAGAAAUAGCACUUGACUGAAGUGGUGGCAUAAGCUGAAUUAAUCCCCCUUAUAGAUUGUCGUUUGAGGCUUAUCACAAAUUUAAUAACCAGACUAGUCCAAACUUAUUGAUACACGUAA